AUGACCACCCACUUGAUACAUGGAUGGGUCCCGGUCAGCAACAUUGAUCCAGCUGACCUCCAUCUUCCACUCCAUUUGCCCGCGAUCAUGACGGACUCGUUCAAAAAGACUAUCCUGUACAGAGAAUAUCCCGAGGUAGCACAGCUCGUCACUCGGCUGCACGAGCUGUCCGAGCAGCAAGAUGCGCAAGGAACGGGCAUCUCGUCGCUCAACGGUCAGAAUGUGCAGACGCGCGAUUUCAGCAUGUACAAGCACAAGAUGGUCGCGCUCGAGCAGGACAAGUCGGAGCUGAUAUAUGCGGUACUGCGCAACAAGAAGGCUCGACGCAUCUUUGAGGCUGGCACGUCGUAUGGUGUUUCAACCAUCUACCUUUUGUUGGCUUCGCAGGCGGCUGAUGCCAAGCUGAGCAAGAAGGAUGGGCCUCCUGCUAUGGUGUGGGGUACCGAAAAGGAAGAGCACAAGGCCGAUGCUGCAAUGGAAAACCUUGCAGAAGCCAUGAAGCUACCAGACGGGACCAAGGACAUCCCCGGCUUCACCAUGCUGAGGGGCGACAUUCUCGAGUUGACGGAGAAAGCCAACAUCGAGAGCGAGAGCCUGGACGCGGUGCUGUUCGACAUCUGGGCGGAGAGUGAGUAUACCUUGUCGACAACAAUGCAGUUGAGCAGCUGCGGAAGACCUGAUCCGGAUACUGACGCUGAUCCUUGUCCUUGUGUGUGUUGCCAUUCAGUGGCUCUGCCGACCUUCAAGCUGCUGGAAGCCUCGCUCAAGCCGGACGCGGUGAUCUUCAUCGACAAUUGGCUCACCGGCAUCGAGAUUGGUACGUACGCCAAGCUGCACGAGUACCUCGAGUCCAAGGGAUGGUACACUGUUGCUCUGCCGUUCAAGAACGGUCUUGGUAUGGCGACACGAGUUGCCUCGUCGUAG